AUGGAUUCCUUACGCACAUCAGAUGAGGGUAGGCACUCUGAGUGGCAGCCGCCGCCGCAGGGGUGGAUUUCCUGCACUACGGAUGUUGCCAUUGGUCGUUCACAAUCAGCAGGAGCUGCUGUCAUCCGAGAUCAUAACGGAACCAUUUUAAAAAUUCUCACAUUUCAGACCAACCAUAUUGAGGCGCUCCCUGGGGAGACUUUUGCAGUGUGCAAAGGGGCUGAGACAAUGGUUCAAUUGGGAUACAAGAACGUCGUCUUCCAGUGCGACUCCUCAAACGUGGUUGCGGCUCUGAAUUCUAAACCAACAGAUGUUCAUACCCUGCACUUCAACAUACAGGAGUUGGCUAAAAUUUUCUUUGCUCUGACUGGUAACCUCAACCUUUGGGAGAUCCAAUGGAUUCCUAGAGGUUGCAAUGGUGUGGCCCAUGCGGUGGCUCGAUGGGCAAAUCGGAACAACAGUUUCGGUCUCUUCGAUUUGCCCAGUUUUGACGAUUUCCUGCAGCAAGUAAAUGCAGAUGGUCGUGUAGACUCUUCUCUUAGCCUUGGAUAA